AUGUCUAGCAUAUCAGGUAUGAACAGAAUCAUCUGCAGCAAGGAGGGAACGCAGGAGAUUCGCAACAGCCCUCCUGUCGCGGUGGAGACCUACCCAUUUUACCAUGGGACUGGUAUCGAGGGCCGCGACGACGACAUUGUAACCUCCCAGGCAUCCUCCAACGGAAUCAUACUCUACUACACCCCCAAAAAGAACACCAUCGAGACAAUAAACCCGCCAUCCAAACGUCCCCGCAGCGUGUCAGCGCAGCCAGAGCAGCAACGGGCCCCGCGUGAGCCUCGGGAGGGGGAGCAAGACCCCAACGACUGGAGCACGCUGCUCGGCCUCCCUGCGGAACCUGAGGUGAUCAUGUCACAUAGUGGGUCUCGAGGUAUCGAUGCCGAGGCGUUCACGCAGCUGUGUCUCGGCAUUGCUCGGCGGUCGCCGGUGCUGGCGUUCCAGAAGUGGGUCGGGGACGCACGGGACGCCGAGGUGAUCAGGACGGCGAACUUUAGCUUUUUCUGGCUCAUGAACAAUGUAAAUGGCAAGGCCAUGGGCGGUCGCAGCCGCGGUGCACGAUGUGCUGCCAAGGCUUACACACGCGUCCUCUUCAUCAAAGGCACAAAAGACUGGAUGGAACCUGAAAUCAUAUUCGGCCCACUCCGCCGGCAAAUGAAAGCACGAUCAUGGUGUAUUUACGUGCAAGACAUGGACCACAACUUUAACUGCAAGACGCAAUUGCAGGAACAGAAGAUUUGCAAUGCUAUCGGCACCCUCGCCGGGAUCUGGCUGGACGGCGACCCAGAGGACAACAAAUCGCCGUGGAACCCGGAGGACGGCACGGAGAUGGGGAUGGCGUGGGACGCCGAGCGUGAGGAGGUUGUCUGGACGGGGUGGCGGCGGCCGGGGGACAAGCCACCUGUGGCUGACAUUGUGAGGCCCGACGUCGCAGGGGCUCUAUAA